AUGGGAGUCCACAGGACAAUAGUGGGUGAAGUGGUGACAGCUGUGUCUGAUGCACUGGCUCGCCUGCUGGAUCACUUUGUGACUUUUCCCACUGAUGGCCAGAUUGCCAAAGUGAAGCAGAAGUUUUUUCUUCUGGGAGACAUGCCCAACACCAUUGGGGUGAUCGACUGCACCCAUAUACAUAUUCAAGCACCUCGUCAGAGGGAGUGGGAAUAUGUCAACAGGAAAGGGAGGCACAGCAUCAAUGUGCAACUUGUGGGAGAUGCUGACCUUGCCAUCACCAACUGUGUUGUGAGAUGGCCUGGGUCAGUCCACGAUGCACGUAUCUUCAGAGAGAGCCGGUUGUUCACUGAAUUCCAAACCAACAGGCCGGAUGGAGUUAUAUUAGCCGACAGUGCCUACCCACUCCUACCAUGGGUGAUGACACCUUUUCCCACGGCCAACACUCCCUCACAGAUGCGCUACAACAACGCCCAUGGAAGAACAAGGUGUGCCAUUGAGCGCUUGAAUGGAGUACUGAAGAGGCGUUUUGCUUGCCUCAACUAUCUGAGAGUGGAACCCCAAGGAGCAUGCCAAAUAACACUGGCUUGUAUUGUGCUACACAAUAUCGCUGUCCAUCGCAGAGUCCCCCACUCUGACAUCGAUGAUCCCCCAGAGCCCCUCGCACCUGCUGAUGAUCGAGGAUUCUAG